UUUUUUUAUAGACUAGUUUAUUCGUCAGUGCGAUCUAAGGAAACGCUUAAUUUGAUACAACAAGUUUUCAAGUACAGACAGUAUCGCGGCAUGGCAGGGGAUGCUACAAAUCUUUCUGAUCUGGACCAGGACAAAUAUGAUGCAGAUGAACAAGUUAAAAUCAUAUGCUUGGGAGACAGCGCUGUUGGAAAAUCAAAACUAAUGGAGAGAUUCCUGAUGGACGGAUAUCGCCCUCAGCAGCUCUCUACCUACGCGCUGACACUUUACAAGUAUACCACCACUAUCAAUGACAAAACCGUUUUAGUUGACUUUUGGGACACAGCUGGACAGGAGAGGUUUCAGAGCAUGCACCCCUCAUAUUAUCACAAGGCACAUGCAUGUAUCAUGGUGUUUGAUGUUCAGAGGAAGGUAACAUAUAAAAAUCUCACUAACUGGUACAAAGAACUGAGAGAAUGUCGUCCAGAGAUCCCCUGUAUAGUUGUUGCAAAUAAAAUAGACGCUGAUUUGAAGGUUACACAGAGGAAUUUUAACUUUGCUAAGAAGCAAGGACUGCCAUUGUAUUUUGUCUCAGCAGCAGAUGGGACCAAUGUAGUGAAGCUGUUUAAAGAUGCAAUUAAACUGGCAAUUUCCUAUAAACAAAAUUCAAGUGAUUUCAUGGAUGAAGUCAUGCGUGAACUAGAGAAUUUUGAACUAGAAACGAAAGAGGAUUUAUCUGAUAAAGAAGACGAGAACUCAAAGGAGGAGAAAUCCAAAUCCAGUUAGUUUCAGCUACAAGUUAAUUACAUUUAAAAAAAAUACAAAGGUCCAGACAUUUAAAGGGCUAGAUUCUCAUAGCGCUUGUCUCCAAUUCUUCCUUUUUAUCCAAUAAAGUUCGCACAUUUUGGGCUAAAAGGUUUGAGAAUCUGGCCCUACAUUUAUUUUCAGCUUUUAGGUUCAGUCGACACAACCUUGUGUGUUCAUUCAUGUACAUGGGUACGUUUUUUGUAUAUUCCUGUUAAUACAUUAACUUCUCUGCAGAUUUGUAAGUGAUCUCUAUUGUUUAGAUUUUUUUUUUAAAUGCAUACAAUUCUCUUAUAUUUAUUGAGUAGUAGAACUUAUUUUGAUCAUGUCAUAUUUAAAACUGUGAAGGCUGUGCAUAUACUCGCUGUUGCAGUAUGGUUGGUAAUUCUUGAGUGUUUUGUUGCUCAGACUUUUAAAAGUGCUUAAGUUAGGGUGAAGAUAUACUCACCUUAAUUAAAUAUAUUCCUGUAUCAAUUUUCCAAUAUUAAACCAUUAUUUGAAACCCUGAAAUUCCAUUUUCUAUUAAUUUGUACUGUGAAAAACAACACAAUUUCAAUGUAUAUUUUCAGGAUUGUAUGCUAAAUUAUUUUUUGUAUAUAUUGUAGUAUUUACAAAAGUGCUGUGUAUUAUAUGUUAUUCUUGCAAUAUGUAUGUGUGUGAUCAAAUUGAACCUGCUGCUGUUCUCUGUAGUUUCAUACAAAACAAUGUACUGUGUGCUUGAAUGUAUAUUGUAUCAAGUUCAAUACCAAAAUUGUUUUUCAAAUAAAACAACAGCUCACCAUGCAGCCAAUGAUUACCUCUAUGUACCAUUUUUAUUGGUAAAAACACCAUUUCAUGAAUGUCAGUACAAACAUAAUGUAAUCUUGGAGGGUGUUCCUCGUGUGGAUUAAUAUGCUACUUUAAGCGGAAGUAUCACUAUAAGAUUCAUUUUGUUGGAUAUUUUAAAAUCCUUUUUUCCUGUCAUAUAGUAUUGCCAUUGUUUGAUAUAGCUUAUUUUACCAAUUACCAUAUCAACGUUCUAUGGUACAAAUAAUAAAAGAUGGGCUAUUUAAAAAAAAAAAGUGUGGGUUGCUGUAAUAAUGGAUGUAAUUCAAACCUCAGUAAAGAUCUAUGGAAACUAAUUUACUUUAUUUAUAUUUUUUAUAAGUGCCAAGAAGUAUACACUUUGGGAGACUACAGUAAUCAAUCAAUUAUAUUUGAGUGUUUGUUUAACAAGAUUUUUUUGUGAGUUUGGAAUUGGUGAGCUGUUUAAUUUAUUAUGUAAUUGUUCGUUUGCAUGAUGUUCUAGGUUUGGGUAGGAAAAAUAGUUUCGACUGGUACAGAAUAAACUGUAUUUGUGCAUUUAGUGGACCUACUCUGUGAGAAAUGAAAUGUGCUGUUUCCCUUAACUUCCAGGAUUUCACUUCUGGUGUGAGUAACUAUCCCAAAUUUAAAUAAAAUGAAAAAAUUAAACUGAGAAAACUGGGGGAUA